AUGAUGGCCAGGUUAGAAUCUCCAUCAUCAGUUAGACGACAUUUCCAACGCGAAAAUAUGUCGGAUAUUCCUUCCGAAAAAACCAUCAAGGCUAUUUAUGAUAAAUUCAUCGAAACUGGAUCCGUGCAUGAUAGAGAACGAUCAGGACGACCAUCCUUAAUGACCACAGAAAAAUUAGAUGAAAUUGAAGAAGUUUUAUCAGACAACGCAAUGGUUAGUGUUCGACGUGUUUCUCAAGAAGUCAAUCUGUCAAAAUCGACAGUACAUCUGGCAAUGCGUAAUGUGUUAGGUUAUAAACCAUAUAAAAUGCAUUUAACGCAACAGUUAGACGACGAAGAUAAGGAUGUACGUGUUGUAAUGGCCGAAGCUCUAUUACCUAUUCUUGAUGAUGAAAAUAAUGAUGGCUUGAUCUUUUUCUCAGAUGAAGCAACAUUUCACAUUUCAGGCACGGUUCAUAAGCAUAACUGUCGAAUUUGGGCUCGAGAUAAUCCUCAUGUUACUAUGGAAGUUUCAAUGAACUCACCAAAAGUUACUAUUUUCAAACUGUCUCAAUGGAUCGAUUUCAAAGUAGUAUUAGCUCGUUAUUUCGAUGUACCUCGGAUUGGGCAUCUAAUUGUUGAUAUUGCUUUAUCUCAUUCUUCUCUUCAACAAGUCAUUCUGUUAAGAAAUUCAGAUUAUCAGUUUUAUUCAAUGCACAAAGAUUCAUUGUUCAAGUUGAUAUUUCCUUUUCAAAAGGUUUAUAUACCUGAUGAUCCCUCUGAUGUUAAUAAUGGUAGUCCUAAUUUUAAAUUUCAAGACAGAAAAAUCUCUCUAAAUUUUACUCGGCAAUAUGAUGUUCGUCAUCUCGAUCUUCAAUUCCAAUGUUGGAAAUUGCAAUCAUUAGUUAAAAUUUUAUCUGCUAUGCCUUUGUUAAUAACAUUAAAAAUAAAAGGUCAUUGUUGUUGUAAUGAAGUAUAUGGUUGGUUAUAUCUCGACGAUUGGGAUAAAAUGUUGCAAAAUUUAAAGGCAUUACAACAGGUCGAUAUUGAUAUCUGUCUUGCUAUACCUUUUAGUUUAAGACAGAAGAGUGCCGCAACGUUCAACAAACUUUCAGCACAAAAAAUUCAAACAUGCAAACGAAUAAACCUAACAGCCGAACGAAGAACGAAAACACCAGGUUCGGGAUGUGUCCAGAUUAGUGCUUCGCUUAAUAUGGACUAG